UAAAUAUUCAUUUUUAUGUCCAAUUAAAAUAAGUGCAAAUAAAAUGGGGAACAUUCAUUGUUUGGAAAAGUUUUGCAUUUCAAACAACGCAAUUGCUGAAGAGAUUGAUAUUCGUGACGAAAUCGCAAAAUGGCUACGUGAACAUGGUGAAAAUCCAACGAUUAUAAUCGAUGUGAAAGAGUUGAAUCGAGUGCUUUCGAAUCAACAAUUGCUUCACUCAUUUGCCAGUGUCUUGAAUCUGGGCGGCCAAUUCUGGAAAUUCAAUGAAAUAUUGGAAUAUUUCUUUGGUGAGAUGAAAAAGGCCGGCGCAAAUUUGGUGUUCAUUGCACGAUUGAAAGAAAGCCAAUUCCAAGAUAUCAACAAAUGCGAAUCAUUACAUUUGAAUCCAAGCGAACGCUUACUCUACAACUUGAUGCAAAUCUGCUCGAAAUAUGGUCAAUUGUCGGUGAAUUAUGGCCUGGGUGAGAGUUCAAUUUUGGCUUAUGCAAGACACGCAACGCACAAUUUUUGGUGUAUGACAUUGAUUUCUCAUAUUGGUGCCUCGCCAAUGUCAACUUCUACGAUCUCAAAAUUCUGGACAUCUCGCCGAAACAGAUGCUACGAACCAUCGCAUUGAACUCAAAACAAAUGCAACUCGUAUUCGUACUAUCCGAGCUCAAAACGAAUAUUAAGUUGAAUCUGGUUGGAAAACAAUGCCAUAAACAAAGCCGUAUAGUGGAAUUUGUGAAGUCAUUGAAAUAUGGUGAAAAUGGAUUCGAUCUAGAUCAAUUGGCACAUAAGUUGAACAAAAGAGAACGUGAUGAUCUGGAAGAUAAGCUGAACCGUGUAUUUGCCGUAAACGAAUACGCUGGCAAUUGGAAUGAAGACAUUUACGAGGGACUAAUUUUGGAUUUGGCAAACAAUGAUGAAUCGUUCAAUUUGGUGUUGCAAUUCUGCAAAGAAAACAUUUAUUUUGCAUACAAGUUGAUCAAUGAAAAAGAUUCGACGCAAAAAGAUCUGCUGUGCAUCGAAGAGCGACGAGAAGAGGACGCGAUUUUUCGUAGCCUAAUGGUAACCAUAAUGCUGAAAAUGUGUGGAAUCCUAUUCAAAGAUGUUGAUCCAAAGAAACGUCCAACAAUUCGCACCAAUCGGAAUUUUGGUGACAUUUAUGUCACAUCUGCAAAUGAUAUCAUUUAUCCAACAAUGCCAUUGCCAAGUCUCAAAGAACUGUUGGUUGAAGAAGAUAACAUGCGGUUCGACAAUUCACGCUGGUCUCUUUUCAAGUGGCUGAUUGGCUUGAACGAAGAAUCAAUUUCGGACAUCAGAUCUUCGAAUGACUCCAAGUUCAUUCGCAUUGUUUCAUUGACGCUGACAUUUUUGCAAUUGCAUAAGAUCAUCUCGGCUCAUGAAGCGAAUACCAUUCAACAAAUGGAAAUGGAACGAAACAUUAAAACUGAACUUGAUCUACCAAGAGGAACAUCGCCACCUUCAAAGCUGAAUCAACGUAUCCCUAACAUUAACGGUGCAUGGGUUCAAACGGCACACAAAUACACAAUUGCCUACGAGAUGAUUUGCCAUUGUCUUGAAGUGUCCGGCUUAAGAAAAGAAACGGCACCGAUUUUGUUUGAUUCACCCGAAUUCAAUGCACGCAUGCAACGAAUGGAAAGUGACUCGAAACCGCACAAGAUGCUAAAGAUGGAAAACUUCUGACUAUGAUGGCCGUGGCAUAUCAAUUACUUUGUUCAACAAACAUUUAAUCUUUAAGCUAAAUAUUUUUACACAAUAUCUCGAUAAAAAAAGGCAAAAAAGACAUUAUUUCUCUUCAUUUUAUAGAAUUGAGUAGAUUACGAGUUGAUGUUUUUUAUAUUACAAUCUUUAUUUUGACUUGAUUUUGUGUUAACAAGUUCAUGUAAGAAUAAUGAAUAACAUUUUUACACUUAAAAUGUACUACGUGUGAAUGCGAUCAUAUUGAGAAAAUUCAAAUAAAGCGCCAUUCCGAUCAAA